AUGUGGAAAGAUAAAUCAUUACUCCACAGUUUCCAUACAGCCUUCGUCAUCUUCAGCAACAAUAAUGUAUCCUUUUAUGUAAACUGCACCUUGGUUGACGAGGUGUCGGUCAAGACACGCAGUUUCCGAAUAACUAAUCCGCUUCAUAUUGACGGCUCUUACCAAUUUGGGGGAUUUUUUGGACGCGAUAAAACCAUUGGAGAAUUAGAGGAAUUCUUCGUUAACAGUGAAGCAGAUGAAAGGAAAUUAAAAAACUACUGCUUGAGGAGAUGCGACGAUAUCCAGUACCAAUUCUAUUCCACAACCAUGAAAUGGCUAAAAGAAAAAACCCAGACUACAACCAGCCCCAAAGACUAUAAUUAUUAUUACUAUUACUAUACGAACGGAGAUGAAAAUGACGAUAGUUUGAACUAUAUCGAUAUGAAAAAAAGUUUAACAACAAUAAAGAUUCCGAAUAUAUCAGAAAUCAAAGAAAGCGAAAUCAACAACAGUACAUUAACUAAAUCAACCAUAAUAGAAACCAUAUUGAAAAAAGAAGAAAAUGUACAUGAUAGUGAGCAAAAUGAAAAACACAUUCAAGCAAUGAACAUUUCAAAAAAAACCACAAAUGACAUAACAAACAUUACAACAAAAAGUGAAAUAGAAAGACAGAAAACAACUGAACCGACAAAACAAAUGACAAAUAUAGAAGGACUAAUUCCACCGACAACCAGUGAAACCUUUGUAAGUAAAACAGAAGAAAAAAAAACUAUUCCAACAGUUACAAAAGACAUAAAAGAAGCAGAUGCCGAAAAAAAAACGAGACCGUCAUUAACCAUCAACGAGACAGUAAUAGAUAAGGUACCCACAGUUGAAUCAGAGGAAACACACGAGACGAAAAUUAUCGAAGAAACAAAAACAAUUAUUACAACAAGCGUCGAAACCAAAAAAAAAGAUGAUGAAAUAACUGCUGAAAAAAAACAGAAACCGUUUGAAAAAUAUAAGGUAACUCUAAUUGAAACAGAAGAAAUCGACAAAAAAAAAAUCGACCCAAUGACGCCGGCUGAAGAUAAAAAAACUAGCGCUGAUAAAGAAGACAAAGAAAAAGUUGUGACAAUAACGACCAAAAAAAAAGAUGAAGAAAAUAUCAAAAAACCAAAACCUGAGGAAACAGUUGUUACGACAGAAACAAAUAAACAGACAACCGUUGGUACAGAAAUAACAGGUGAAACCACAAUUAUCAAAGAAACAAAAACAAUUAUCACAACAGAUAUCGAAACGAAAAAACAGACUGAAGAGCUUAUUGCUAAAAAAGACGAAAAAAAAACGUUGGAAGAAGACAUAGUUACUAUAAUCAAAGAAAAACCAAUCGAUUCAACGACGCCGCCAAAGGAAGAUGAAACAAGCGUUGAUAGAGAAGACAAAGAAAUAUUUGUGAAAAUCACGACCGAGAAAGAAGAAGAUGUCGAAAAACUAAAACCGAAAGAAAUAAUUGUCUCGACAAAGACAGUUGAACAGCCUGCAGUUGAAUCAGAAAUUACAGGUGAGACCACAAUUAUUAAAGAAACAAAAACAAUCAUAACAACAGUUGUCGAAACGAAAAAACAAACUGAUGAAUUAACUGCCACUGAAGAGGAAGAAAAGAAACCGUUGGAAGAAGAUCAAGUAACUAUAAUCGAAACAGAAGAAGAAAUCGACGAAAAACCAAUCGAUUCAACGACGCCGCCAAAGGAAGAUGAAACUAGCGUUGAUAAAGAAGACAAAGAAAUCUUUGUGAAAAUCACGACCGAGAAAGAAGAAGAAAAAGACGUCGAAGAACUAAAACCGAAGAAAAUAAUUGUCACGACAGAGACAGUUGAACAGCCUGCAGUUGAAUCAGAAAUUACAGGUGAGACCACAAUUAUUAAAGAAACAAAAACAAUCAUAACAACAGUUGUCGAAACGAAAAAACAAACUGAUGAAUUAACUACCACUGAAGAGGAAGAAAAGAAACCGUUGGAAGAAGAUCAAGUAACUAUAAUCGAAACAGAAGAAGAAAUCGACGAAAAACCAAUCGAUUCAUCGACGCCGCCGAAGGAAGAUGAAACUAGCGUUGAUAAAGAAGACAAAGAAAUUUUUGUGAAAAUCACGACCGAGAAAGAAGCAGAAGAAGACGUCGAAGAACUAAAACCGAAGAAAAUAAUUGUCACGACAGAGACAGUUGAACAGCCUGCAGUUGAAUCAGAAAUUACAGGUGAGACCACAAUUAUUAAAGAAACAAAAACAAUCAUAACAACAGUUGUCGAAACGAAAAAACAAACUGCUACUGAAGAGGAAGAAAAGAAACCGUUGGAAGAAGAUCAAGUAACUAUCAUCGAAGCAGAAGAAGAAAUCGACGAAAAACCAAUCGAUUCAACGACGCUGCCAAAGGAAGAUGAAACUAGCGUUGAUAAAGAAGACAAAGAAAUCUUUGUGAAAAUCACGACCGAGAAAGAAGAAGAAGAAGACGUCGAAGAACUAAAACCGAAAAAAAUAAUUGUCACGACAGAGACAGUUGAACAGCCUGCAGUUGAAUCAGAAAUUACAGGUGAGACCACAAUUAUUAAAGAAACAAAAACAAUCAUAACAACAGUUGUCGAAACGAAAAAACAAACUGAUGAAUUAACUGCUACGGAAGAGGAAGAAAAGAAACCGUUGGAAGAAGAUCAAGAAGAAAAGAAACCGUUGGAAGAGGAACAUGUAACUAUCAUCGAAACAGAAGAAGAAUUCGACGAAAAACCAACCGAUUCAACGACGCCGCCAAAGGAAGAUGAAACUAGCGUUGAUAAAGAAGACAAAGAAAUAUUUGUUAAAAUCACGACCGAGAAAGAAGAAAAAGAAGACGUCGAAGAACUAAAACCGAAAAAAAUAAUUGUCACGACAGAGACAGUUGAACAGCCUGCAGUUGAAUCAGAAAUUACAGGUGAGACCACAAUUAUUAAAGAAACAAAAACAAUCAUAACAACAGUUGUCGAAACGAAAAAACAAACUGAUGAAUUAACUGCUACGGAAGAGGAAGAAAAGAAACCGUUGGAAGAAGAUCAAGUAACUAUCAUCGAAACAGAAGAAGAAAUCGACGAAAAACCAAUCGAUUCAACGACGCCGCCAAAGGAAGAUGAAACUAGCGUUGAUAAAGAAGACAAAGAAAUCUUUGUGAAAAUCACGACCGAGAAAGAAGAAGAAGAAGACGUCGAAGAACUAAAACCGAAGAAAAUAAUUGUCACGACAGAGACAGUUGAACAGCCUGCAGUUGAAUCAGAAAUUACAGGUGAGACCACAAUUAUUAAAGAAACAAAAACAAUCAUAACAACAGUUGUCGAAACGAAAAAACAAACUGAUGAAUUAACUGCUACGAAAAAGGAAGAAAAGAAACCGUUGGAAGAUGAUCAAGUAACUAUCAUCGAAACAGAAGAAGAAAUCGACGAAAAACCAAUCGAUUCAACGACGCCGCCAAAGGAAGAUGAAACUAGCGUUGAUAAAGAAGACAAAGAAAUUUUUGUGAAAAUCACGACCGAGAAAGAAGCAGAAGAAGACGUCGAAGAACUAAAACCGAAGAAAAUAAUUGUCACGACAGAGACAGUUGAACAGCCUGCAGUUGAAUUAGAAAUUACAGGUGAGACCACAUUUAUUAAAGAAACAAAAACAAUCAUAACAACAGAUGUCGAAACGAAAAAACAAACUAAUGAAUUAACUGCUACGGAAGAGGAAGAAAAGAAACCGUUGGAAGAAGAUCAAGUAACUAUCAUCGAAACAGAAGAAGAAAUCGACGAAAAACCAAGCGAUUCAACGACGCCGCCAAAGGAAGAUGAAACUAGCGUUGAUAAAGAAGACAAAGAAAUCUUUGUGAAAAUCACGACCGAGAAAGAAGAAGAAGAAGACACAGUUGAACAGCCUGCAGUUGAAUCAGAAAUUACAGGUGAGACCACAAUUAUUAAAGAAACAAAAACAAUCAUAACAACAGUUGUCGAAACGAAAAAACAAACUGCUACUGAAGAGGAAGAAAAGAAACCGUUGGAAGAGGAACAUGUAACUAUCAUCGAAACAGAAGAAGAAAUCGACGAAAAACCAACCGAUUCAACGACGCCGCCAAAGGAAGAUGAAACUAGCGUUGAUAAAGAAGACAAAGAAAUAUUUGUUAAAAUCACGACCGAGAAAGAAGAAGAAGAAGACGUCGAAGAACUAAAACCGAAAAAAAUAAUUGUCACGACAGAGACAGUUGAACAGCCUGCAGUUGAAUCAGAAGUUACAGGAGAGACCACAAUUAUUAAAGAAACAAAAACAAUCAUAACAACAGUUGUCGAAACGAAAAAACAAACUAAUGAAUUAACUGCUACGGAAGAGGAAGAAAAGAAACCGUUGGAAGAAGAUCAAGUAACUAUCAUCGAAACAGAAGAAAAAAUCGACGAAAAACCAAUCGAUUCAACGACGCCGCCAAAGGAAGAUGAAACUGGCGUUGAUAAAGAAGACAAAGAUAUCUCUGUGAAAAUCACGACCGAGAAAGAAGAAGAAGAAGACGAAGAAAAGAAACCGUUGGAAGAGGAACAUGUAACUAUCAUCGAAACAGAAGAAGAAAUCGACGAAAAACCUAUUGAUUCAACGACGCCGCCAAAGGAAGAUGAAACUAGCGUUGAUAAAGAAGACAAAGAAAUCUUUGUGAAAAUCACGACCGAGAUAGAAGAAGAAGACGUCGAAGAACUAAAACCGAAGAAAAUAAUUGUCACGACAGAGACAGUUGAACAGCCUGCAGUUGAAUCAGAAAUUACAGGUGAGACCACAAUUAUUAAAGAAACAAAAACAAUCAUAACAACAGUUGUCGAAACGAAAAAACAAACUGAUGAAUUAACUGCUACUGAAGAUGAAGAGAAGAAACCGUUGGAAGAGGAACAUGUAACUAUCAUCGAAACAGAAGAAGAAAUCGACGAAAAACCAAUCGAUUCAACGACGCCGCCAAAGGAAGAUGAAACUAGCGUUGAUAAAGAAGACAAAGAAAUCUUUGUGAAAAUCACGACCGAGAAAGAAGAAGAAGAAGACGUCGAAGAACUAAAACCGAAGAAAAUAAUUGUCACGACAGAGGCAGUUGAACAGCCUGCAGUUGAAUCAGAAAUUACAGGUGAGACCACAAUUAUUAAAGAAACAAAAACAAUCAUAACAACAGUUGUCGAAACGAAAAAACAAACUGCUACUGAAGAGGAAGAAAAGAAACCGUUGGAAGAGGAACAUGUAACUAUCAUCGAAACAGAAGAAGAAAUCGACGAAAAACCAACCGAUUCAACGACGCCGCCAAAGGAAGAUGAAACUAGCGUUGAUAAAGAAGACAAAGAAAUCUUUGUGAAAAUCACGACCGAGAAAGAAGAAGAAGACGUCGAAAAACUAAAACCGAAGAAAAUAAUUGUCACGACAGAGACAGUUGAACAGCCUGCAGUUGAAUCAGAAAUUACAGGUGAGACCACAAUUAUUAAAGAAACAAAAACAAUCAUAACAACAGUUGUCGAAACGAAAAAACAAACUGAUGAAUUAACUGCUACGGAAGAGGAAGAAAAGAAACCGUUGGAAGAAGAUCAAGUAACUAUCAUCGAAACAGAAGAAGAAAUCGACGAAAAACCAAUCGAUUCAACGACGCCGCCAAAGGAAGAUGAAACUAGCGUUGAUAAAGAAGACAAAGAAAUCUUUGUGAAAAUCACGACCGAGAAAGAAGAAGAAGACGUCGAAGAACUAAAACCGAAGAAAAUAAUUGUCACGACAGAGACAGUUGAACAGCCUGCAGUUGAAUCAGAAGUUACAGGUGAGACCACAAUUAUUAAAGAAACAAAAACAAUCAUAACAACAGUUGUCGAAACGAAAAAACAAACUGAUGAAUUAACUGCUACUGAAGAGGAAGAAAAGAAAUCGUUGGAAGAUGAUCAAGUAACUAUAAUCGAAACAGAAGAAGAAAUCGACGAAAAACCAAUCGAUUCAACGACGCCGCCAAAGGAAGAUGAAACUAGCGUUGAUAAAGAAGACAAAGAAAUCUUUGUGAAAAUCACGACCGAGAAGAAGAAGAAGAAGACGUCGAAGAACUAA